AUGGUAGAUUUCCCGAUACCGACUUCGGUUUUUCCACGGUCCCGAUUUACAGGAAAGAGGCUCAGCCAAAAAAAUACUUGUAGUUCUGUGAAAAAAAAUGGUAAAACGUUAAACCUGGCUUUGAAGGAUUCUGAAGGACAGACGUGUUUGGGUGUGGCACUGUGGAAGAAAUAUUACAGCAUGGCUCUUCAGCUGAUUAACUGUGGUGCAUGUUUGGAUGAUGUGGACGACAAUAAUCUGACACUCCUUCACCAAACCAUCAUCAACAAAAAUUAUGAAAGUGCUUUGUUUUUGAUUGAUCAACAAGCUGACAUCAAUAUAAAAACUCCAGACGGAGUUUCGUGUUUGGAACUUUCUCUCGAUUCCAAUUUGCCCGAUGUUACUGAUCGAUUGUGUGCAGCUGGAUGUAAUACCAAUGUCAUUUCCGAAAAGGCUGGAUGUUGUUUAUUGUGGAAAGCUUUAGAUGCCAAACUUUUUGCCUGUGCACAAGUUUUGAUUAGAAACAAAUGUGAUGUGGACAGUUGGUCGGCAGGCCCCAACAAUUGUCGACAAACACUGUUGCAUAAAGCCAUCGAUGAAAACAAGGAAGAUGUUGCAUGCUUUCUCAUCAGAAGUUCAUGUGACGUAAAUUCUCCAAGAAAACCUGGUCCUAAUGGCGAAGGGGAGGAAGAAGCCAGGGAUGACCAGGGUCCAUUGCACUUAUCAGCUUCGUGGGGUCUUGUUCAAGUCCUUCAGUGUCUCAUUGAAGCGCAGGCUGAUGUAAACGCGAAGGACUCUGAAGGUGAUACGCCGCUGCACAUUGGCAUCAGGAACCAGCAUCACGAUGUCAUUUUCCUGCUGCUUUCUCAUCCCGUCUUAAAUUUGCGCGUUCGAAACAAAAAAAAUCAGACGCCGUUUUCUGUGGCGGUUGCAACUCGAAACAAGAAAGCUGCUCAAGCCAUCAUGAAUAGAGAUCCAUCAGUAGCAGAGCAGCAUAAAGGGUAUCAGAAACGUCUGAAACCACGUUCAAAAUCGCUGUCUCUGUUAGAAGUGCUCGACGAAAACCUAAUUGAACUUUUGGAAAUAAUGAAUUUUUUUCAGAAGAGAAGUGUAAAAACUUUCUCUAAUGGUACAUCGUCUAAAUUUUUAUCAGAGAUGGAAUCUUUGACGGCUAUUUAUGUUUAG